GCAUUGGUUAUUGACAUGCUAAUACCACAAACCUUGUUAGAUAAUCCUAAAUACUUUAAAUAUCAAGCCUGAUUAAUUAUCCUAUCAAUUAGAUUAGUAUCAGGUUUUCAAUCAGGACUUAUAAUUGUCGUCCAUAUGCCUAUGCUUCAUCCAAAAGUACACUCCUGACAUAGUUCUUCAACAUUAGAGCUGCUAAACUUGUACUUAUCUCCAAGCCUAUCGGCACAUUCAUGCAUGUAUUCUUCUUUCAGUGAAAGUUUAUAAUACCGUCAUAGUGUUUUGUUCAAAAAAUUCAAAUUCAUAGGUUUAUCUGGAGUUUGCUUCCUGUUGCUGUAGCGUAGUAUGCUUAUGUGACUACCCAUGGUCCUAGAGAAGUUAGGCACACUCCUGCAGCAAUUCUCCAAGAUCAGAGUAGCCAAAUCUGGCGCUCUACUCCAUGCCUUCCUCAUUAAGGUUGGUUCAGAUUCUGACGUUUUCUUAUGCAACCACGUAAUCAAUAUGUAUGCAAAGUGCAAUUAUUUAAGAGACGCGCAUCAAAUGUUUGACGGAAUGGCAAACAAAAACCUUGUCUCGUGGUCAGCUCUCAUUUCUGGCUAUGAACAGACAGGAAAAGCUUCUAUGGCUUUGAACAUCUUCACUCAAAUGCAUUUACAGCCCAAUGAAUAUGUAUAUGCCAGUAUAAUCAGCGCUUGUGCAAGCCUUUUGGCCUUGCCUCAGGGCAAACAGGUUCAUGCGCAUUUGCUGAAAUCUGGUUACAAUGGCAUCUCUUUUGUUUACAACUCACUUAUGUCAAUGUACAUGAAAUGUGGCUGCACGGAUCAUGCAUUGUUGAUAUUUAGCAAAGUAUCCAAACCAAAUUCUGUCUCUUAUAAUACCCUUAUAACAGGCUUAGGGGAGAACUUGCAGCUGGAAAAAGCAUUGGAGCUGUUCAGAGUAUUGAACCAACAAGGAUUGCUUCCCGAUCGGUUCUCUUAUGUGGCUGUUAUUGGAAUUUGCACUAUGAAAGAAGAUUUAUCAACUGGACAAGGACUUCAUUGUCAAACAAUUAAGCUGGGACUUGACAGGACAGCUUUUGUUGGUAAUGUGAUCUUGAGUAUGUAUUCCAAAUGUGGUUCUGUUGGUGAUGUUGAAAAUACUUUCAUUUCUAUAAAAGAGAAAGAUGUCAUUACUUGUAACACAUAUAUUGCUGCAUGUUCUUAUUUUGGAGAGCAUGACAAGGGCUUGAUGAUAUAUAGAGACAUGGAUGAAGUCUAUGGAUUGAAUCCUGAUGAUUUUACAGUUGCAAGUGCUCUUUCUGCUUGUUCUGAACUGUCUUCUAUCAGAUAUGGUGCUCAGAUACAUGGCCAUUUCAUCAGAUCCAUGGUUGAGCUAGAUGUUGGUGUUUUUAAUGCCAUCAUGAACAUGUAUUCUAAGUGUGGCAGCAUUAAAUAUGCUAAUCGUGUUUUUCAUGGCAUGCCAAAGAGGAAUUUGGUCUCAUGGAACACAAUUAUUACAGCACUUGGCUGCCAUGGACUUGGAAGGAUUGCUAUCCAAGCUUUUGACCAGAUGAAUGCAAAUGGAGUGAAGCCAGAUUCUGUUACUUUCACUGGAUUGCUUGCAGCUUGCAGUCAUGCGGGUUUGGUGGAUGAGGGAAAAGCUUAUUUUGAUUCCAUGGAAGAGAUUUAUGGGAAUCCUCCUAAGAUUGAGCAUCUAUCUUGCCUAAUUGAUCUCUUGGGUCGAGCUUCAAGAUUAGAAGAGGCUGAAGCCUAUGCAAGCAUGUUUCCAUUUGGAAAUGAUUCUGUCAUUUGGGGAAGCCUACUCUCUUCUUGCCGGCUUCAUGGGAAUCUUGUUGUUGGGGAGAGGGUGGCCAUGAAGUUAUUGGAACUUCAACCCACCACAAGCUCUCCUUUUGUUUUGCUAUCAACUCUAUAUGCUUCUGAUGGGAGAUGGGAUGGCGUUGCCAAGGCCUGGAAGAUGUUGAGAUGUAGUGGGUUGAAGAAGGAGCCUGGAUAUAGCUUGGUUGUUGUAAAUGAUUUUCCUGUGAAGUUCACAGUGGGAAACUCUUCACAUUCAAGAAUUGAAGAGAUCUUAGAAGCAUUAAGAAGUAUAAAUCUGGAGGCCAAAAGGCUUUCUCCGUAGGUUAGAUUUACUUCAUUUUCAAUGUUUUCUGGUAAUUACAUUUACAUUUAUAGUUAUAUUUUACAUUGGAUUGCUUUGAUGUUUAUUCAUGAGGAGAGAUUAUUCUGUGCGGACACCGGAUACUGCUUACCGUCCAUAAACGAAUUAGGUGCAGCCACGUUAUCCAGUGCCGAGCAGUACCGAGCCGUAGUAUCCAGUAGGGGUUGAUGUGGCGCAUUUUCAUUGGGCUCUGGACGGCAUCCGGUGUACAAACCUAAUAAUUUCCCAUCCAUAAGAGGUAUAUUUGAAUGAUUAAUCUGUAAGUGAUAUUGACUAUUAGAUAGACAAUUCUGGUAUAGUAGUCUGAUAUAAAUUCAGUUUUUUCUAAGGUAA